GAGGUGGAAGAAUAUAAAUGGUGAACGAAAACAAGUCGUUAAAGAGUUCAGGUGGAGACGUGUCUUCAGCGUCGUAGUGCUGUACUUGAGUUGGCAUAAAAAUAGGACAAAAUGAAGAUUAUUUUUAUACUAAAUUUAUUCACACUCAUCCUGACUGUGUCCUCUUUUGGCGGAAGCGAAGACAGGUUUUUAAAAAAAUACGCAAUGAUGAAGAUAUAUGAAAGCUGUUUCGGUCCAGAAGUGGUUAAGCAAAUUCGUAAGGAAAUGAGAGCAGCUUGUCUCAAAUGCGCAGUUAUAGAAACACCACCACCGACGCAACCUACGGCUCCCAACAAACCCGAACAGGAAAAUCCUACACCACCAAAUUUUGACCCCGAGAAGCUCCAUCAGGCUAUUCUUGCUUAUCGACCUAACUCGCCUCCAGCACCCUUUUAUAGACCUUACGCGCCCUCCGCAGGAAUGGCACCCUUGUAUAGCUUGCCUUAUGCCAGUCCUGGUUAUCCUGGUCCGCUGCUGUAUCCAGGAUUCCCUCAACAAUCGGGAUAUGGCGCGUAUCCUUUGCUUGGGCAAUCGCUUUACGGACACAGAGUAUCGAGAGAUAUGGACCUCAAAGCACAACUAGAAGCCCUAACUUCACGAAUGGGCAGUAAAGUGAAAAACAUAACUUGUGUGAUGCAAGAAUUGGGGUACUUAGAUGAAAAUCUGGAACCAAAUUUCCGAAAAAUUAACGAGAGAAUUACAAAAUUGCCUGUUGGGGAAGAACUGAAAAAAGAUAUGCAAGAUGGAGUGGCCUUUUGCCAGCAAUUCUCGCAAUGUGUACCCGACGUAAAGAAAGACAGAUCACCUUUGUCCCGUGAAUUAAUCAGACCGAUGUUUUUCUUCAAAUGUUACAAACAUAAGAAAUUAGAAGCUUGUAUAAUGAAAGACGUUAGAGAAAAGUAUGCCGGAAUGACUGAUGAAGAUUUUGAGAACGAUGUAGAGUUCAGAAGGACUGGAAAAGCAAUGAAAAUGCCAAAAUCAGAAGAACAAAUCAAUGAUCUAGCGUCGUCUAUGUAUGAGUUCUUGUAUGGAAGUGAGAGUAACGUAAAUAUCGAUUCCAUUUUAUAAAAUAAAUUUAUUGUACCUAGGAUAUACAUUACAGCUUUAGUAUUUAAGUAUAGUAUUUAUUUAUUUUUUUA